UCUCCUUGGAUUACUCGAGACACGCUGCAAAGCCUCGACACAGAAGGAUACAUCAGUAACAGGAGAACCUCACUGUGCUCUGUGGAGAAAGGCCUCAAAGUGAUGACUUUUAUAGAAUAAUCUACAUAAAGAAAUUAGGAGAAAAGGCUAAAUUCCUCUCACAGAUAGAAUGAAAGCAGAGCACGAGGAGGAACUUUCUCAUUUCAAGAAAAACGACCGACGACACAAACUGCAUGCUGCUUUUAACCCUGAAGUCCGACUGAACAGAUUAGUGCAAUGUUCCAGCAGCUGUCGGUUAAAGAAGAUGUCCCCCCUGAGUGGAGCCCCAGCCUGGACCAGGAGAACCCAGAGCUCCUCCAGAUAAAAGGGGAACAGGAAGAACUCCUGAUCAGUCCAGAGGGAGAGCAGCAUAAUGGUCUGGAGGAGGCCAAUAUCACCAGGUUCACCUUCAAGUGUGAAGAUGAAGAAGAGAGACUUGAGUGUUCACUGCUCCAUCACAGCCAAGCGGAGGACAACAGAGAGGCAGAGCAUCCAGCCAGCAGCUCAGCUGUGAAGAUAAAAACAGAAACUGAUGGAGAGGAAUGUGGAGGAUCAGAACCAGCCAGGAAGAGAGAGCCAGACAGUCAUUCACAACCAAACACUGAUGAUGGAAAGACUUCUGACUCUUCUGAGACUGAAAUCUAUUACGAUGACUGGCAAGACCCUUUGUCAGAUUCUGAACCUGAAACUGAAGACAGUGAUGAUGAUUGGAUGGAGACCAGGUCACCUGAGUCUGCUGUGAAUGUUCUGAAAUAUGAGGAGGCUCCUGUAAGUGAUAUGACACCUAACAACUUAAAAUCCUUUAAGUGUAGUCAGCCAUUGUCCAACAAGGGGUUUCUCGGGAAACCGUUUUGCUGUGAUGAUUGUGGAAAAAGAUAUACACAGCAGGGACAUCUGAAGAGACACAUGAGAUUUCACACAGGAGAGAAAAGAUUUGGUUGUGAUGUUUGUGGGAAAAGAUUUCCUGAAAAUGCAAGUCUGAAGUCACACAUGAGAGUUCACACAGGAGAGAAACCAUUUAGUUGUGAUGAAUGUGGGAAAAGAUAUAGACAGCAUGGAGAUCUGAAGAGACACAUGAGAGUUCAUACAGGAGAGAAAAAAUUUGGAUGUGAUUAUUGUGGGAAAGGAUUUAAAUGGCAGGGAAGUUUGAUGAGACACAUGAGGGUUCACACAGGAGAUAAACCAUUGGAAACUGAAGACCUUGAUGAUGAUGAUUGGAUGGAGACCAGGUCACCUGAGUCUGCUCUGAACGUUCUGAAAUAUGAGGAGGCACCUGUAAGUGAUGUGACAUCUAACACCUUGAAAUCCUUUAAGUGUAGUCAGUCAUUGUCCGACAAGGGGUUUCUCGAGAAUCACAAAAACUGUAAUUCUGGAGAAAGGUCCUCCAGCAGCUCAGAUAGUAAAAAAUGUUUUAGAGUAAAGCAAAAGGCAGACACACAGAGCAGAGUGGACACAGGAGAGAAACCAUUUGGUUGUGAUGAUUGUGGAAAAAGAUUUACAGUACAGGGAGAUCUCAAGAGACACACGAGAGUUCACACAGGAGAGAAAAAAUUUGGUUGUGAUGUUUGUGGGAAAAGAUUUACUAGACACGGAAACCUUAAGUCACACUUGAGGGUUCACACAGGAGAGAAACCAUUUAGUUGUGAUGAGUGUGGGAAAAGAUAUAAGGAGCAGGGAAGUCUGAUGAGACACAUGGGAGUCCACACAGGAGAGAAACCAUUUGGUUGUGAUGAAUGUGGGAGAAGAUUUACACGGCAGGACAGUUUGAAUUUACACAUGACUGUGCAUACAGGAGAGAAACCAUUUGGUUGUGAUGUGUGUGGGAAAAGAUUUACCAAACAUGGAAAUCUGAGGGCGCACACGAGAGUCCACUCAGGAGAGAAACCAUUUGGUUGUGAUGAAUGUGGGAAAAGAUUUACAGAAAAGGGAAAUUUGAAGCAACACAUGAGAGUUCACACAGGAGAGAAGCCAUUUAGUUGUGAUGUUUGUGGGAAAAGUUUUACAUGGCAGGAACAGUUGAAUAUACACAUGACAGUUCACGCAGAAGAGAAACAAUUUGAUUGUGUUGGUAACAUAUUUUAAUCGACACCUGAUAGUCUACAAAGAAACCUUUUUAAUUAGUUUUUUGUUGAAGGCAAAUUAAGUAAAUUUGUUGGUCAGAGCCUGAGCAGGUUACAUUUUUAAUUGUUUCAUGUCUUUUUUUACUAUCUCUUUUGUUUGUUUUAAAAUAUGCAAAAUAUUUCAAAUGAAUGUGUCAAAGUUGUUGGUAAAUGAGAGGGGGUGAAACAGUGUUUUUAACUCUGUUUUUUAUUAUAUUAUAAUAAAAUAUAAAUAUUAUAUAAUAUAAUACUUUGGUACUAAGACACUUUUAUUUACAGAUCCCAUACUUUUUUCUGUAGUUUUCUUGAAAUAAGCUGCAUGUGACUGUUAACUCCCAAACUAAAAGUUAUCAAUGGGAAAGUGCAUUAUUUAGUUGUCACUUUUAAUGAAACUCUUGAUGGUGUUUUUGACUUUCUCUUCUUCUUUUAUCUUCUUUUCUACAAACAAGCAUACAGUUCAACAUAUAUUUCCUGUAAUAAAUAUAUCUCGAGAUUAACAUCACUAUUAUAUAUGCCACUUUUAGCUGAUAGCAAUGAUAGCUACCGAAGGACUCCCUCCUGUUGACGGAGGACCAAGAGGUCCAAGAGGGUGGACAAGAGAUAUUCGGAAAUGAUAGAAAACUUACACUAGCCCCUUUUAUAGUGCCGUUUUGCAAAUGUCCCGCUAUAUUGCCGGAAAGAUUUGUGCCGACUUUUCGCCUUAGGACAUUCAUAGUGAUCCCGCAAAGAUGCGAUAUUUGUACACUUUCAUAGUGCAGUCUGGCGUCGUGAAACAAGGUGGGAGGAUAUUGACGUGCAACAGAGCAGCAGCAGUGCUGCGCAGUAGCACAGUGUCAAUAGUACAGUAUGUAUGUGCUGCAGCAGUAUGUGUUCAGUCAGCAACCUUUGUUUGUUUACAACAAGCACCGGACACUCUGUGUACAGUUAGCAUGUCGGUUUGUUUACAAUAAGCGGUGAACACCACGUGUACAGUAAGCAACGGUAGCCGCAGUGAAUAGUGAUUCGAUGACUGACGGACUAAGUGGGAGGUGUGUGUUAGAUGUCACGAGCAACGGCAAAUAUUCCUCCUUGCCAGGAUGGCCUGUUCAUAGUGGUCCCGCUUCCAACAGUCCCACCAAUUUUCUGCCUCUGUGACUACCUCUGGAGGCGGAAAAUUGGUGGAAUCACUUGAUCCCAGCAUCACCCUUCAGGGACGUUCAUAGUGCAGGCGAGACAUUACAGAGCUGAAAAUGUUCUGGCAUGUAAUGGCACUAUGAAAGGGGCUAUUGUGUGAUGAUAGAGUUUGUUUGUUUGUAUAUUCUGAUGGAUCUAGGUUAGGCCUACAAGAAUCUGUUACAAUGAAAAAGACUGAAUGGGACUCUCUUUCAUUAGCACCACCCUAUAUAAUUAUUACAUCACAAUUAAUUAUUAGGAAAUUAUAACUCUUUAAAUAAAUCAGCGGUGAGACUGAAGACUGACUCCUGAUUUUCUAUUUAUGUUUCUGUUUUAUACCACUGUCGUGUCUUGGUGAUAAUAAACAGUGAGCUAAUAAUCUUUUUAGCACACAAACAAACUCAGAUUUGGGUAAAUUAUUAGGUUGGACACAAUGAAAAAGAGUGAGACUGAAAAGAAAGAUGGUAUAUUUGCUUAUGCGAACAGAUUAUAAGGUGUGGAUUUUUUCAUUUUUCCUUUAUUUAUUCACGGGGAAUCAUUGAGGGCAACCCCUCGUUUACAAUGAUGUCGAGAGUACAGAGAGAACACAAUGAAGAACAAACCGCACAGACAAAACACAUGCAAAAACAUUAAAAACAGUUGCAGUGAAAGGCAGAGUUAUUGGUUAUCAUAGUUUUAAACUGGUCCGUAGUUAUGAUAGUGUCGAGUUUGAGUGAAUGUUGUAAAAUGUUCCAGGUAGAUGCAGUAUUUGUCCGGGGAACAUUGAGCAUUAAGCAAUCACUAGAGUGUGUUGGAUAAUUACUAUGUGACCAGUUUAAUAAAGUGCUGAGGUAUGGUGGCAUGUAGCCAAUCAAGACUUUAUAAAUGAAAAGGAACCAGUGCAUGUCUCGUCUGAUAGAUAAUGGUGCCCAUCCCACUUUGCUGUAUAGGAGUCAAUGAUGGGCAGAGUAACUGUCACCAGUGAUGAAUCAGAGUGCAGAGUGAUAAACAGAGUCCAGUGAAGUGAGAGUGGAGGCAGAAGCAUGUCUAUAGAUAACAUCAGUACAAUCAAGAACUAUUAAAAGACAGCCUGAAUGAUCCGUUUCCUACAGUACAGAGGGAAGUUUGUUUUGUUUCUGUAUAAGUAUCCGUUUUUUUCUUUUACUUCAUUUGUAUGUCAAUAUGAAAUUUGAAUGUGAGUUUUUUAUCCAACCAGAUGUCCAGAUAUUUGUAUUGUAAAACCAUUUCAAUGCUGUCACCUGUUAAAGUGAUAAUUUGUAGACCAUCUUCUGCAUUAUGUCUGGCUCUUGAGAAUAUCAUGUAUUUGAUCUGAAUUGAGAACUAAUUUUAGAUUGAGGAGAGAAUGUUGUAGUUUGUCGAAGGCUUGCUGGAGAGUUUCAAUGGCUGAAUUUGCAGUGUUUUACAGUUUAUUUUUUAUAGUUGAUGCAAUGUUGUUAAUGAAAAUGGUAAACAGGACAGGACCCAGUAUUGAACCUUGGGGACCACCUUUGUUAAUGGUCAAAAUUCAGAAUGGUUGGAUGCGAGGGUCACAUAUAUA